AUGCUGGCCUCUUCGAUAUCAGGUCCAUGGACCAACAAAGCACUCGCUUGGUCUCUCAGCAGUAUCCUCAUACUCGACACUCCGUUCUCACCUCUGCGCCUGCUCAAGUCUUUCCAGGUCUCGGUGCUCGUUGUGUACGCCGCUCUCUACGCCCUGGCAAGACUUUGGCUGGGUCAUGUGAUCACCAAGGCGCAGGACCCGUACCUGGAUGAGGUAUUUCACAUUCCGCAAGCGCAAGCCUAUUGCAACGGACGAUAUGAAGUGUGGGAUCCCAAACUCACAACGCCCCCAGGCCUCUACAUCUUCGCAACGAUAUAUAGCAAAGCUGUUGCAUAUGGAAACUGUUCGCCGGCAAUACUACGCUCUUUCAACAUCUUUGCCCUGAUCAUGGUGUUUUCAUAUGCCUGUGAUUGCCGAGCGCUGAUCGUCCGGACUCGACGACUCAGCCCACGGUCCAGUGCUGAGAAUGUCGCUUCCCGCAUCGACAGCUGGGUUGAGAGAUCUAAGCCCUUGUCGCCAAAUGAGAUACAUACCGCUUUGAACAUCGCCCUUUUCCCGCUUCUUUUCUUCUUCACAGGCCUGUUCUACACCGAUAUCUUGUCGACGUGUCUGGUGUUGAGAGUAUAUCGGCUGUUCCUAGAACGCAAGGGGGCGUACAGGACUUCGAGAGAGGGGCUUUUCUGGAUAUACCCCACUGGUAUAGUUGCGCUUUGGAUGAGACAGACCAACAUUUUCUGGGUUGCUGUAUUUCUGGGUGGGCUAGAGGUGGUCAGGACAAUCGAAGCCAACCGAACUGUGAGCUUGGAGAAUGAGCCAAUGCCCUAUAGCUCAAAAGACCUUGCGAUAUUCCACUUCAAACGAUACAUUCGAGGAAAUAUCCAUGAUAUUCCUUUGGAGGACGCUGGGGUGCAUGACUUCAUCAUCUGCGCCAUUAGCAUUGCAAUUGCAGCCCUUUCCCGCCCCAUUAUUGUUGUCAGUAGCUUAUGGCCAUACAUCGGCCUCCUCGCCUCCUUCCUCGGCUUCGUCAUCUGGAACGGCGGGGUCGUGUUGGGCGACAAAGCAAACCACGUCGCAACGAUCCACCUCCCUCAAAUGCUCUACCUCUGGCCCUUCAUUACCUUCUUUUCAGCACCGCUUAUCGUGCCGGUCGCCAUGUCAUCGCUCUACCGAGCGCUCAAGCUCCUCUCGCUGCCCCUGUUCCCCCGCCUGGUCUGGCAGUACCUCUCAGUCGCAACAUGCUCAGCUCUUGCGCUCACAGCAACAUUGGCGAUCAUCAAGUUCAAUACCAUCAUCCACCCCUUCACCCUGGCCGACAACAGACAUUACAUGUUCUACGUCUUCCGGUACACCUUCCUCCGCCAUCCGCUCAUCCGCUAUCUCGCGGCCCCGGUGUAUCUCAUCUCUGGCUAUCUCGUCUACCUCACCCUCUGCUCUCAGCCUUCUCCUCGGCAAACCUCUAGCCUUAAGACAGCGAGAUCUGCCGUUGGUGACCGGGAUAUCUACCCAGCGGCGCAGGUACCUACGACGACCACCGACAGAGAGUCGGUCGGUCCCAACACAUCCUUUGUGAUUAUCCUCCUCGCCACGACCGCGCUGGCACUCAUCACCGCCCCGCUCGUCGAGCCCAGAUACUUCAUUCUCCCAUGGGUCAUCUGGCGCCUUCACGUGCCCGCUCUCCCAUCCCCAUCCCGACUACCAUCCCAGCCCACCGCCAAGUCUCAAGACGCGCCAGCAAAAAAACCACUCCAAGCCCUCGUCACCCGCUUCUCCUUCUUCUUCCGGGGCUGGCACGGCCACGGCCACGGCCACGACCCUAGGCUCUACCUCGAAACGGCUUGGCUCCUGCUCAUCAACGCGGCGACGGCAUACAUGUUUCUGUACCGCGGCUUCGAGUGGGCGCAUGAGCCUGGGACGGUGCAGCGGUUUAUGUGGUAA